AUGUUAUCUCAGUUCUUAGCGACUCAAGAUACCACUAUUAAGAAGAUGGAUGCGAAAAUUGACCAGUUGGCACAGUCAAGUCAAGCAUCAAUUCACAAAUUAGAGUUGCAGCUGGGCCAAUUGGCACGAACUGUUGCUGAACGUGAACAAGGCAAACUCCCUAGUAAUACUGAGAAUAAUCCAAGAGAGGUGGUUAUGGCCAUUAGUCUAUGGAGCGAAACUCGGGCAGGAGAUGGAAGCAAAGGCAGGAAAGUAAUUGAGAUUGUCAACGAUAGAGACGACAAGGAAGAGAGUGAGCACGAUGUAAAGCAAGGGAAUGAUCUUGAUAAGGAAGUGGUGGCUGAUCCUUCAGUCAAACCUUAUAUUCCACCUAUUCCAUAUCCACAAAGGCUUAAGAAGAAAACUACUAGCAAUAAUUUUCAGCACUUUCUUAAUGCCUUUAAAAAGAUUGAGUUUAAUAUUCCUAUUUUGCAGGCCCUUGCUAAGAUGCCUUCCUAUGCCAAGUUCCUAAAAGAACUAGUUUCCAACAAGAGCAAGCUAGAGGAGUACGCCACCCUACCACCUAAGCUUAAGGACCCAGGGAGUUUUUCUAUUCCUUGUGUUAUUGGUGAUAUCACUAUCUCUAAAUGUUUGUGUGACCUUGGUGCUAGUGUGAAUAUUAUGCCUGCAUCUCUUUAUAAUAGGCUUGGCAUGAAAGAAAUGAAGCCCACAACUGUGUCUCUACAAUUGGCCGAUCGAUCGAUCAAAUACCCUUUAGGCAUUGUAGAAGACUUAUUUGUGCGAGUGGGCAAGUUUUAUUUUCCUGCAGAUUUUCUUGUCUUAGAAACAGAGGAUGAAAAUGAUAUAUCUAUGAUUUUAGGUAGACCAUUUUUAGCUACAGGAGGUGUGUUGAUUGAUGUUGUUAAAGGUAAGCUUACCUUUAGGAUGGGGAGUGAAAAAGAAGAAUUUAAUAUUCUUAAAGCCAUGAAACACCCAUCACUUGAUGAACGGGCUAAAUUUAGUUUGCUUGAGGACAAGCAAAAGCUCAAGAUUAAACAAAUGUGUAAUAAAGAGCCGAAUGGACCGAAGAUUGCAACUAAAUUCGCUAUUUCGGAGUCGACCUUACCUACAGCCGGACCUGCCCAGUAG